GUUCAGUGUGGUGGUAUCUGCCGACAGUAGGGUUUUCUUCGAGUGGGAUUGUGCUGUAUUGACUGUUGUAAUUUGUGAUAAAAUUUCUUCCCCGUGCCUCGACUGCUCGAUGCUUGCCCGCCCUUGGGAUUAGGCGUUUUGUGCGCUCCACUGUAGGUCCUGUGUCCGUCGUACGCAACUCCGCUGCGCGGUUAUUUUCCUUCGCCCACGGAGCGCUCGGGCGGACGUUGGAGACGUGUGGUGUGUUGUGUACUGGCCCAGUGAUCGUCAUCACCGCGGGAGUGUAUUCGCUACGUCGUUGCCAGUGCCGUGUUGGUAUUCUGCCGGUUCGCGUUGUAGACGCGCAGGCAGCUUUACGGAACACUGCUCGAAAAGAGACUCGACGUGCUCGAAGAGAGACUCGAUUGAAUUAUGAUACAACCGCCGGUUUCAGCAGAGUGAUCCGGAAACGUGGCAUGGAUGCCAGGCAGCGAUGGACAAGUUUGCAGUGGAUCUAGACAAAGUGCUUGACGAGCUUGAGCAAAGCGAAGGCUUGCUGUCGGAAAAGCUUCCCGAGGCACAACUUCACGAGUUUGAAGUGCCUAGACCAUCGACCCAGACAAUCCCUAAGUGUCGUGGAGACGUGCCACGACAAAAUGGGGACCACAGCGCCGUGCCUCCUCCGGUCCUGCCUUCUGCCAAUGCACAGGGAUUAACAGACUCUAAGAAGCCGAACAGUGAUGAAGCAAGUAGCGGCAAGGCAUUCUUCUGGGACGGCAGUCCGGCAACAGUGCUCGACUCAACCACAACAUCAUUGUACUCACAGAAAGGUGUCAGAAAUGCCCCUGUGCACACACCCUCGAGUGCUUCACCGUCCAUCCCUUUGGAAGCCACAGUUGGUCACUUACGAGAAUGUGUUGACUCUCCUGGUGCAUGCAGCGUUGGUCGCAAUGUGUGUGUCCCAGUGCAAGUCAGUGGUCCUGACCGAACUGGUGGUUUAAGAGACUCAGUUGAGUUGCCCAGCUACUCUUCAGCACAACUGCCGCCUUUAGUGGCUCCCAGUGGCAACACUGUUUCAAAUGUUUGUGGCGGGACUGUUUCCAAGGCUGAUGUCUGCAACAGCAGUGAUGGUGGUGUUAUGUACAAUGGGCAAGUGAGUAGUUGCGGCGAUGAAGCGAGGUUGGGAACGAAUGCUGCAGCCGAACAGUUAGUGUUACGUGGGGAACCAAAAACAUUGCCUGCGGCAUCUGAAGCAAAUGCAAAUAGAGUUUCUGAUGAUGGUGCUUUCAGUGAAGUGCUUCCAAAGAGUUCAGUUCCUCAAGACAGCUUUCAGUACCCUGAUUUGCUCACCUUGAGUCCCGUUGGGGAUACCUCAGUGCACAAGACCGCUGAACUGCUACAGUCACUCAUUAGUUUAUCUCCCGACGAUGCAAAGAUCCCAGAUGCAGCUGGCACAAAGUUGCUUCCACAUGAUGGUUCAACAAAAAACAAUGAAACAAACUAUGCUCCUUCAUUGCUCGACAGUGACCACUGUCCCCCAGACAUUGACCUUAACAAGGCCUCCAGCAGUUCUAGAAAAGGAAGCACUGACUUGGUAUCUAGCAGACUGCCAGAUUCACAAGUAGUUCCUGUUCCUCAGCAGAGGCCUCAGCCUUUAUUAGCUGCAUCUGGAGACAAUGCUACCAAGCAGGAAACUGUUGACGGUACUACUUGUCCCGCACGGCACACUUUGCAGCUAUCUUCUAUAGAAUCUAAAGACGAAACAGCUCCUACAGUAGUGUCAGAAGGCCCUGUUAGUGAUUUGUGCUUGCAGGACAACCAUAAAACCGAUCCAGCUACUUCUGUGCAACCUUCAAAAGGAAAUGAUGUCCUUUUGGCUGAGCCAGCAGAAGUGCCAGGCUGUGAUACAUCUGAACAGCCUGCCUUCCAGUCUCCCGGCCCUGCCAACAUUGCUGCUUCUCAGGAGCAACAGGUUUGCAUGCAGCCUUCAACACAAGAUGCAAAUAAAGAUGCAGAUGCAUUGUCAACAUCUCCAUCUGAAGCAUCGUCUGCAUUACCUGCAACGCCACCUGCUUCCCCACCGAAAGUGCGGACACCUGAUCCUGCCAUGCUCUCCUACUCCCCACCACGGUCGUCAUCUGCUCCUCCUGGUGUGUUGCCUGCUUCUCCAGUCAGAGCUUCAUCUGCCUCAUCAUCUCCAGUGUCAUCUGCUUCAACGGGCCCAUCCACAGAUGUACCCGACGACACUUCACACUCCGAGGGUGUCCCUGCGGAUUCAGUCGGGGACGAGGCUACUGUGAUAAGUGAGGCCCGCUGCCUAGACGAAGAUCCCGUGGUUGGAUUUGACACAGUACCUGACGUCACCGAUGAAGAGCUUGACCGGCUGCUGCAGGAAGAAGAAGGCGAAGGCGAGCAGAAUUUCUUGCCACCGCUGAGCGAGGAGGAGCAGAUGCUGGGCAAAGUGAAGCCCUUCUGGAUCCCCGACGAGGAGGCACCCGCGUGCAUGCUGUGUUUUGGGCGCUUCACUGUGCUCAAGCGCCGACACCACUGCCGAGCCUGCGGAAAGGUGCUGUGUUCCUCGUGUUGCAACCAGAAGGCACCACUGCCCUGCCUGGAGAACCGGGAAGGUCGUGUUUGCCUUCCCUGCCUCACCAUUCUACAGAGGGUGGCUGCGGUCGAGCGGCUUGGCGGUCCAAGCCCAGCCAAUCCAGCGGCCUACUGCUCGCGGGGUCCACCCCCGCUGCACGGAGCAGCGCAGUCGCCACCCCUCACGGUCCUAGUUCCUGUGCUACGCCGGGGACCACGGCCGGAUGGAGAGGCCCCCAAGCAGGUGAUGUUCUCAGAUGGAAUACGGCCUGGUGGUGACUUGUCGGAUGAAGUGAUGCCCUCUGCAAUGCCAGGCCCACCUCGGGAGCUCAGCUGCCCUGAUGGACCCGCAGAGGGCCUGCUUCAAGAGCGUCGGGUAGUCCUGUCAGACAUUGAAGGCUCCCUACCACCAGUGGCACUCAGUGUGUCACAGCGAGAUCUGAAGCUCGAGAACGAGAAUGACCUGAUGAUUGUGCUCCAAGAUCCAAAUGUGGAGCCUGUGGCAUUUGCACUCACAAGGAACUUGCAUGUGCUGGUCAAGAUUGUCACAGUGGAGUGUGGCGGGAAGCGCCAGUGCUGGAACUUCUGCAGCCGUGGCCUCUGCACCCUGGGCCUUGACGAGGUGGUGCUCCUGCUGGAGCGGGAGCCAGGGGAGUUGCAGUUCCCACGGGAUGCCCUGCGGCUGUUUGCCACCCUGCAGGGUAUCGGGGCCACGGGGGGCCAUCGACCGGUGGGUGUAGUUGCCCCCGGUGUGACGAUGACGACGGCGACUGCCGUGGGGGCGUUCCAGUGCCUGCCAUUUCCUGAGGGGGUGCUUGGCAGCAGCGACCACGGUGGAUUCCUCCUGCUGCCUCACAUGGGACAGCGCUUGGACGGACUUGUUCUUCCCCGCCCUCCAUGGCUGUGUGCCGUCCUGCUCCAACGAAUGGAAAUGCCCUGGGCUCGUCUGCUGCCUCUUCGCCUUCUGCUGAGGCUUGGAGCCGAAUUUGAAGUGUACCCAUACCCAAUGGUCAGCAUCCGUGGACGUCGAUCUGUCUAUGCUGAAAUUGGCCACACUAUUAUGACUGUUCUAUUGGAUUUCCGCAACUUCCAGUACCAGCUGGCCAGUCUGUCGGGGCUUCUGGUGCAACUGGAGGGGCGGCAGACGACGGUGCGGGUGCCCCGGAACCGCUACGAUGCCCUCGUGCGGGUCCUGGACGGCAACGAGCAUGUGCUUGCCCUGGCAGGGAACAUGAACCCCGAGGCUGAUGCUCACCUUGUCUGUGUGCAAGCUCCUGACGCAGGCACCUACCACUCUCAGGCACUCCAGGCACGUCCUGGAAGCCUCGUGGAAUGCACGGGGGCGUCAUUCGUGGUGUUCAGCGGUGCUCUCAAGGGUCCAGGGGAAGCCAAGCACAGCAUCGUCGAAGACGGUGUGCUGGUGCAGCUUUCGCCAGCCAGCAUGGGAAGUCUGCGGACAGCGCUGCGUGCCAUGCGUGACUGGCAUGUUCCAGCGGUUCCUGCGUCGCCUGGCGAAGACGCUGGCCACAUUGCCGUCAUCUGGACAGAGGAUGACCGGCCAAAGAAUAAAGGGGUGCAAAGCCCAAUAGACGGCCGCAGCCUGGAGGGCAUUACUGGUGUGCGCCUGCGUGCAUUCUCGGACUUCUGCGCUCGGGGCCUGUGUCUUCGGUGGACUGAGUUCUUUCUCCUUUCCUGUGACAGAGGACCAACGUGGGGCGGGUGCGAGGACCCCCAGCGGGCUGCUGAGGGGCUGGCUCGGGCCUUCUGCGAGGCUCUGCUGCCACACCUGACCUUGCUGCAGCCACUGUCUCCACUUGGCCUCCGUGCCCAGUUGGGCCCUGACCAAGUCGGCUAUGAAGCCGGUGCGCAGGGCCAACCGCUGCCAGUUGUCUGUCAGGAGCCACUGGACUGCGCAUUGGUGCCCUUGCUUACCGGGCCACAGGAGCCCAUGCACCUCGAGAUGCUCUUCCAUGUCAUCUACCAGUGAAAGGAUUCGGGAUUUCGGCAGCAGCCCAGCCUCAUGAGAAAUGUGUGCUAACUAUUGUACAUUCACCUCCACUAGCAAGCCCAUCUAAUGGACUCAUCAGCACUCCUGAAUGACUGACUGACUUUGCUAGCCGCUUUGUGUGCUGUUUUAAGCGGCAACUCACAAUGAUGAGUGUUACAUGGCUUCCAGUCUGUCACAUGUACCAUGUUUUCCCCUCGUCAAACCCGAAAUAUUGUGAAGAGCCAACUGCCCAGAGAAAAGCUCUCCGACAAGUCCUGUGAACCGGCUUCACAUUUACUCCUCGAGUGGGAUCAAAACAGCUACACCUAUGAUACUUUUUUACCACUCACUUUUGUGCGAGAGGUUGUGCAUGCUCAUUUUCGUAAGCCGGGCCGUUCCUGUGAACUCUGUUGGGGCCUGGAGAGCUUGUCACUGAUGCCACUUUCUUCUUUUACCGACAGUGCAAUCUUGCUGCUUUUAUCCCGCAUAUUGAUUGCUACAAAGUUCUUAUUUUGAGAACGAAAGAUAUUGAGGACCUGCCGCUGCAUAGUUAGCAUUGUAGUCCUCCUAACACCCUUAUGGCAUGUGAUGGAGAUACUAUCGCCUAAGCUUUUCUGAAACAGACAAGCAGACACAAGCCUCCUAUGUUCUUGGCUUUGGGUUUAGUGCGCACACUCUGCACUGUUUGUUGUGGAGGUCAACACCUGCGUCAAUCGCAGCUAGACCAUGACCACCCCAUUCAAGCUUGCAGAGAGGACACAAUCAUUUGGGGACCUGUGCUUUUGCCAGCUGCAUCCAUAGUGAGAGUGUCAGUGCAUGUACGUGAAAGCUGUUAUAGGAAGAACUUAUUGCUUAUCAUAUUUUGCUUGAUUUGCCAACUGCUGAAGAUAAUUAUAUUACUUGUGUGGGGUAAUGCUCUUUUUACCAUCGUGGGUAGCCUAUUUCUUAGUUUCAAGAUGUUUUAAUUAAACUAUCAGCAAAUGCUGUGGUAGAUGGCUCAGUGGUAGACAAUCUGUUAUGUCCGCUGCUGCCCGGCAAUUUGACCAUAUGUGCGUGCCUAUAUGCCAACUUCACUAGUUCUACUCUCACUUAAGCUUUGGCACAUUCUUAUGGUGCUGAUGAUGCAGACGUUUAUUCAAAAGUGUGCAGCUAUGCUUUUGUAGUUGCUUGAGUAAUGAUUUCAUGGGUGAUAGGUGCAACAAAAGCCAGAGAUCAGCCGCUUGUAUGGUCUGCAAAUAUGCAGAUUGUCACACACUGUGGUUCAGUAGUGAGAUUACAUGUAGCAACCUCGGUAGAAAACAGGAGUCGUGCAUUUGUUUGUGGGGUCUGAACGCAUUGAUUACAGAGCACAGUCUUGUGCCGUUACACAUGCCGCCCGGCCGUUGCUCACUGAUUUAUUGUAGCCAAGAACAGACAGCCGGAAGGCUAGCACAACAACAUGCCGUUGACACCUUCUCUGAUGUCAUCAGUACUGAGAUCUGCUAACUGGAGUGGCCAUGCCUAAUUGAGAAUUAUUGCAUUUACUUGCCGACAUAAUUAUUGACCAUUGUUCUGGGUUGCUUUCGGUUUUCAGUGGGCAGUAAUUUUCUAACGUAACUGCAUAUAGUGGAAAUCUAGAUAUAAAGCAGUCCUUCUUAAUACUGGUUUUUCUACCAUAAAGUUAAGAUCAUACACUACACACCUGUAAUGCAGUCACCUGGUGCAGAAUAUCUGCAGUAGAAGCUGAAAGACUUUGUAGACAAGUUAGGCACUGGAAGCUUUCGUGGCAAGAGUGCUGGAAAUUGCAGAACAUCCUGUUUGGAUGUUAUGAUGGUGGGGUAUACCUGGCCACUUGGGCUGCAUUUCACAUGUGUACAGACACUGUGCAUGUGUGUUUUUAUUAUAGCGCAGAUUUUCGUGGUUCUGGUGACCUAUGUUAUAUAGCUGAUUUGCACUGUAUAGAACCCAAAUUGUACAGCAUGAUACUUUGAGGCAAUACAGGAAAUAUGGGAAGGAAUUUAAAACCUAACUAUCCUUCAUGAGCUGCAUUGACCAGCUGGGUUGUCUCACUAAAGGCAACUGCUUUAUUUUAUACGUACUCUUAAGUUCUUUUACAACAAGAAACAAUAACUGUCACACUUAGCCUCAAUGUUGGCAUGAUUUCACAUGCCUGCGUGUGCACUUGAAUGCGAAGCAGAAAGUCAGCAUUUAACGGAUGUGCAUCAUUGCUAAUCUUCUCUUUGGAAAUACAUAGUGCCUGAAUUGCACCAGGUAGUUCCUCGCACAAUGCAAACAGAUAGUAGGUCGAAUGAGAGUUGUGGAAAGCAAGCAUGGGAACAGCUGUGAUGCAGGUGUGCUUGUGGCAGCUCAUUUCAGAAAGCGGUCUACAAGCAUUCUGCUUUUAUAGGGCACCUCCUCACAGCUUAAAGGGACACAAAAGAGAAACACUAUAGCAGUUCAGAAUGAUAAGUAUUCUUUCGAAACUUUAUGGUCCAUUAGUUUUGCUUUAAGAGGUCAGUUACUGAAAUAAAAAAUGAAGGCAAAACUUCAAUUUCUUGAAUCCUUGCGCCGGAAACCCAGCACAAGUACUUGAAGUGUAGCAUUAAGGCUUUCAGAGCAUUUUCUCGAGUCGGAGUUGUUGUGGCAUAAUAAAUGUUCUGAAAAUUGCCAAGUUUAAUCUUUGGCUCUUUAAAGAAUACAGUGUGGUCAGUCUAUAGUGUAGCCAGGGAAAAUAUAGUUAACUAUUUAUAAGCAGGUGCCGUUCAAAUGUGAUGUCACAGUGAGCUGGUGCGCGAACUUGAUGGUGGCACUGUCACCUGGCUUAUGAGGCAUCCUCUCACCUUUACGUUGUUCUCACUUUGCUCAUUUUCACGAUAAGAGUGGCUUUCUUUAGUAUUGUGAAAAGUAAUGCAAUAAUGCAGCUAAAUUCGUUUUUCUUUUUGAUGUCCCUACUGCACCAAAGCAACAAGUUAUUUUGGCAUGGCUUCCAAGAUCAAGGCACAUUAUUACCUCUGUGGCAUGCAAUGUGAUCUCGCAGGCUCCACUUUUGGCUUACUGGAGUAAUUGCUGCUUGUUACCAAAGAGGAAGUCGAACCUUUUGUUCACGACCUAAAAUGCACUGCAAUAGCUUAAUUCACUUUGUUCUAUAAAAUUUUAGUUUCUGGACGAACUGACUUGGAAACAGCUGUUGGCAUUUGCACAUCAAACCAACAACGUGCACAAACAAGUGUCAGGAACACCUGAGAAGCCAAUCAUGGACAAUAUAGGGAAAUCAUGUAUGAAUGCUCCUUUUACUAUUGCAGAUACAGUUAGAGCCCCGAUUGAAACUAGCACUUGAUGCAGUACAGAGCCUGUGCUAAGAAUAGUUAAUGUAAUUAAAGAAUGCUUAAUGUAAUAUCAAGUCCAUUCGGUGGUGCAUUUGCUUACAAGUCUGAAUUUACUUUUGUUUUUCAAAACUUUUUCUACCUAUUUGCAUUACUGCUUUCAUAGUUGUGAUAUGUGUACCAGCUCUCUUCAGCUUAUUUCAAUCUGCGAUUUAAGGUAAAGCGUGUCAUUGUCUCACUGCACACAAGUGAGCUCUGCAAGUUAAAAUCCCAAUCUCCACCCAUAGGAGCGGAAGGGGUGAAAUCUAUAUCUUCGCCCUCUUUAUUAAAUCGUAACAGUCUUCAGUAAAUAAAGCUCAAUUUGCGUGCUGCAGUUUAUUUGAAUAAAGGAAAACUAAGACUAAUAGUGGCCUUGCUGAGCUUCACAUCAGGGCUGACUCGCUAACUCAAACAUGUACAGUGAGGCAUUUUGCACUACGCUUUAAAUUUUGUGGUCACUGACUUGCAAUGGUUGCUGCUGGCGUAGCAGUGUUAAUGGAGCUUUUGACGUAUUACUAUAGUACUUGGAUCUGUAACCCGUGACCAUUUGUGCUACUCCAGACCAGCUUACAAGCGUAAGAAAGAGUACUGAUGUAAUGUUUUCGAGUUGUCGUUCUUUUUGUUUAAGCCCUUUAAACCUUAGAAAAAAUGCUUGCAAUGAUCACAGGGCACCAAGCACAUGAUUUACUAUAAUGUGUUUUUUUACGAACCAGUUUCGGCUUCGUUUCCCGGAGGAGGAUAUGUCAUGACGUUGCUAUACAUUUGCUGGCUCCACGCCACAUGGCUGCCACAUGCAAGCCCAGCCAGAAAAAGAACGUUCAUUUGUUUACUUUAUCAUGAGCAAUGUUGUCAUACCUAGCUCUUUUUCUACAUGGUGUUGGCAGACCACGCUCUGUGUCGUAGUGUCAUGAUAGUCAAGGACACCAGGUCUGGUAUUUCCAAGCUAAGUUUAGUAUUAAAGUAUGUUAUAGUGGUUUCCCGACCUUCAAACUUGCUGAGCAUUGUUGUUUUACAUGCCUGAAGUGUGGAGGAAAAUUUCUACAACCUCGAAAAUAUGUAGGCACUCCUUUAUUUUAAAAUCUGUGUUGACAAAAAGUUCGGAACUGCCUGUAUGUGUGGCCUGCAAAUGGGUAUUCCUUCAACUAAAGUCUCACUACCCUUUGACAUGAUUCAGCUGAUGUGUGUUAGUGUUCGUGUGCCUAGGUAGCAGGCAAGGCUGUUCCACAGAUGUGAAUUGUUGCCAGGAGGCCGUUGAACAACCUCGAUGUUAAGGUUGCUGUACAAGUUCAAUUUAUUCUAGGCAUGUUUGUUUGUCGUGAAAAUGAUUAUGUAUGAGCUGCUUGUACAGUAUCUAUGACAUUUGCAUGCUGUGUAAUUUACUACUUUGACUUCGAUGCAGGUUCAACUGGAGCCCAAUCAAUUUGCACGUGUUCUACUUGGAGCUUACAUACUAUUUUCGGCAUCUUAAACAGAAUGGGCGUAUGAGAGGUGUGUGCAAUAUCGUUUUCAAGUGUUCUUGCUGUGAUGGACAGAAUAACAUCGUACAACAUGCAUCCUUAACUGUUUAUAACUACUUUUGCAAGAAUGCAUUUUCUCUUUUCAUUAAAGAAAAAUUUAUAAUAGCCAGCUGAAUUUAGUUGUUACAGAGCUUCAUGUAGAUAAGAAUGCAUGCUCAGCCAAGUGUGAAAGGUUGUGGUAUGUCCAGGCAUUUGUGUGACUGUUUUAGGUUUAAUAAUAAAAAAUAUAGGUGAUGUAAAAGAAUUGCUGUCCAUGCUUCUAUUUGGAUCGGUGGCUAGUUAGUGUUAUGGUUACCAACAUUUUUAUUUCUUCAGUUAUGUGCCUUGGUUACUUUUUGUAAAGUGCGAAUGGUCGAUGCCUCAUUGAGGAGGAUGCCUUGUUUAGCACUUUGCAUAAGUCAUCACGAUGACUGUGUGACCAUAUGUUGCUGUUUGACCAGCUGCCUUUGAAAGGUAUGGGCACUUGGCCUAUGGACUGGACCAUUUGUGCCGGCAUGUCACUUGCACGAGUCAUGACAACAUGGACAUUGGUAGCUGUGCCAUGAUUGCCUCUUGUGAGAGAAAUCUGCAACAUAUUCAGUGCAAUUCAAGAUGGUGUCACGUGGUUUCAAGACCGCAAUAAAUAAGUUGCUUUUACUGUUA